AUGACGGAAGCAACUACUGUGUUAGAUGUGCUAGUUAAAGCUAAGGAAAGUAUUAAACGUAAAUAUAUCGCACUAAAAACCUGUUCUGAUAAUGUUCAACAAAUAAUGACACAGACAUUAAAACCAAUUAUCGAUCCUUUAACUAAAAUAUCAAAUAAACCUCAUUUGAACAAGGAAAAUAUUAAUAAUAAAUCGAAAAACCCGAUUUUGGACUACAAUCAACAAGAAAUUGAAAAUUGGUUUCAAUCUACAGAUUUAGACAAAAUCUAUGGCCCAAAAAAACGUUCAAACGGAAAUAUUAUCUUGGGUAAAAAAGAACGCGAAAUCGCCGAUGAACUACACAAGCCGGCUAGAAAAAAUUUCGUUAGACGUAGAGUUAACGUAUAUGGAAAAAAUGAUUUAUGGCAAGCUGACUUGGUUGAAAUGAUACCGUAUUCAAGAAAAAAUAAAAAUUAUAAAUAUAUUUUAUGUGUGAUAGACUGUUUUACAAAAUUUGCGUGGGCUAUACCACUAAAAUCAAAAACCGGUAAAGAAGUCACUAAUGCAAUGUCUAAAAUAUUAAUUGACCGAGCACCAAAACUUUUGCAACUCGAUAACGGAAAAGAAUUUUACAACACGACUUUUGACGCGUUGAUGACUAAAUAUAAUAUUCAUAAAUAUUCUACGUUUAGCGUUAUGAAAGCAUGUAUUGUCGAACGAUUUAAUCGUACAUUGAAAGAAAAAAUGUUUAGAGAGUUUACGGCGCGCGGCUCACACAAAUGGAUUUCAAUUUUACAGUUACUGCUUGACGAAUAUAACAAUUCAAAACAUAGAACUAUAGGAAUGACACCGGUGCAAGCAGAUUUAAAUCCUUUAUCAGUCGAGUUACAACUUCAUAAGAUGAAUAAUCAAAAAAAAAAUAAAUUUAAAAUUGGUGAUAACGUUCGUAUCAGUACACAAAAAGGUGUGUUCACAAAAGGUUAUUUACCUAGCUGGUCUACAGAAAUAUUUGAAAUUAUUAAAAUAAAUAAUACAUUACCCACUACUUAUCAACUUCAAGAUUAUAUGGGUAAACCGAUUGCUGGUUGUUUUUACUCUGAAGAAAUAUACAAGACCAAUUUCCCAAACGAAUAUUUAAUUGAAAAAAUUAUACGUAAAAAACAGAAUCAAAUGUACGUCAAGUGGUUAGGAUUUGAUAAUACGCAUAAUAGUUGGAUAAAUACACGUGAUGUUAAAAAAUAG